AUGGUCUUUACAGGAGCAAGCCGUCGUCUCUGAACCCUCAAAACAUGGCCGAGAAACACCAGACGUUUAGCAGCCAAGCGAGAGAAAAGGAGGAAAGCCAUUUUGAUCUCACGGUCGGACAUUUGCAUCAUUUCACCGUGACGUUCGGUCCUACUGACUGUAAUGAAUACGCUAUUGACUGCGAUCGACCUCGCACCGUUCUGGAGGUGAUAAAGUCAACUGAACAGUUCUGGAAGAAGAUGAAGACGUGUCCAGAUGAAAAUAUUGUGAUUCAGCUGGGUAAAGAGGAUAAGGAGUCUACUGUUGCAACACAUUUCCCUUGUUCUUGUAUUGGGGAAGGUGAGUCUCUGUUCAUAUCAUUCAAACCAGAAAAGGUUGAAGUGGCCCGAGACCAACUUUACAGACCAAUACAGUCACGGGACAAGUAUUCUGUCUUCUACAUAGAUACAAUCGGAGGAAAAAACACCAAACAAAAGAACCUUUUUAGGAACAAUGCUGUCAAAGAGUUCAAGUAUCUGUGUGUCUAUGGGGAGAAGGGGAUGACUGUCAAAGAGGCUCUGAAAAGAGACGGUCGCUUCAUUGAUAAACUGGACGACUUCACUCUGACUGACAAUAAAAAUCCGAACUGCAUCACCGAACAAAAACAGAAGGUCGACAACAUGGAUAAAAAAAAAUUCAAGAUAUGUCUUCCACGGAACAAGAGGGCAAAUGAUAGCUCGGUUUCAUCAAAUAAUUCACCACAGAUGGGUGACACAACACCAGCUGUAGAUGAAGCACAGCAGAGGAAAAUCAGAGCAGCGGUGCAAAAGAGAGGAAUCAGUGUCAGAGCAGCGAUGGAAAAGAGUGGCAACAGUGUCGACAUUGGGGAGAUUUAUGAAAUACUGCGCCACCAGUUUCCAGAUCUCAAAACAUUUAUGGAGACUAGAUUCCCUGGUGAUUCUUAUCAGAAAGCAGUGAACCUGAGGAAGGAAAACUUUGGGAAGAUCCAACAGUCAUUCAGUGAAGUUCACAGAGUCAGGAAGCUGCUAAAACUGGGCGAGUCAGUUUGCAAAGUGGUUGUUGGGGAUGUUUGUCAGGGAACAGGCUUUGUGCUGUUUGGCAACUUUAUCUUGACCAACGCACACAUAUUCAAAGAUUGUGUCGAAGGACAAAAGUUGAAGGGGGGUAUAGAUGUGUAUUUUCUCUUUAACUAUGAAGAUCCUGAGCCGCACACAAAUUACUACUACUUCGAGCUGGCUCACCGUGAAAUCUGCUACACUGAGGGUUAUCUUGAUUAUGCCAUACUUGAGCUCAACCCUGAGAGCCAGAAAUCAAACCACACAGCAAAAACAGAGAAAAUGAAGGUGCCACCAGGACUCCUGAAGAUGUUUGGUCCAAUGCCUCGGGAUGGUGAAGCCUGUAUUAUUGGUCACCCAGCAGGAGGAGUGAAAAAAAUGGAUCCUACAGUUAUCAUUGAGAAAGAGAAGAGGGAGCAGGCUGUCCUUGAUCAUUUACAUCCAUACAUAGACAGUAUUGUAACUCUACACUCAAUCAGUACAUUUAUCAAAGAUCAAGGCAUUGAAAACAUAAUGAUCGAUGGAAAUAAAGCAGACAAAGUAGUGACCUACGACACUUUCAUGUAUCACGGCUCUUCUGGCUCCCCAGUGUUUGAUGCUCAUGGUCGAGUCUUUGGUUUGCACACCGCAGGAUAUCCUUAUCGGCUCGAAAUCAGUCAACAGUGUGAUAGAGUUUGCCCAACCUCUGCUUACUAUAUUUGAACACUUUGUGAGAAUGCUGAAGGAAGGAAGAGCGAAGGAGCUGUUGAAGAGAGUUGAAAAAGAGGUGAAGGAAAACUCAGU